GUCUUCUGCAUGCGCCGUCUCUGCCACGGCAGACUACACGAGCGGGGUAGAAAAUGCUUUUUGAAGCAUGGAUACUUUUCCUACUUGCUAUGACACUUCCUGAUGCCAUUCUGGGAAUCACAACAUCUCAGCAGAGUUUAUCAGCAGUAAGUGCUUCAUCAAAAGGUGGAAGAACAGCACGAAAACCAAGAGAGAAUUGUAGGUCAGCAAUUGAAUCGGCAAUGGAUUUGAUUAGCAAGCGGAACAUACAACAACCUAAUUUUAAUGGAAGCUUUCUAGAUCUUUCUGGUUAUGCUCUUCAUCAGCCACUCCGUUCAGCACCAUAUGAUAUGUAUGUGACUGAAAUGCGCAUAAAAAUGCCAGCUCAAGCAGUUUGGUUUGAGGUUGAACAUUGCCACUGGGAGCCUCGUAAACGUACACUAGAAACUCGUCUAGGUUUUUCAGAGCUCAGUGUUACAGGUGCAGUGAAAUUAUAUGAGGGUGAUUUCAUAAAAAAUACACCACAUCCAUUGCCAACUGAUGUCUGUAAUGUAACAAUGCGCAUGAAACGAGCUGGACUGCAGUUUGCUGUUCAGCCACGUGUAUUGUCCAGUAGCAACAGAGGUAUUGCGGAUAUAGCUAUGGACAGUCAGUUUUUGCAACCUGAAUUUGUGAGUGUAUAUGUUUACGGCUGUCAUCCUCCAGGCCGAGAGCACCGUGAGGAGACAGUUAUAGGAGAAAAGCAAAAUUCAGCAAAAAUCCGUGCUACUGAAGAUACAACACAGGAAAUGGAAGAAGUGUUUCUAAAAGGCAUUCAGUCACUUCUCAAGACUUAUCUUGGAAAGCAGCUUCAGCAGACUAUGAAGAACAUUGUUAUGAGAAAUAUGGGCUACACUGUUUCAUAUGGGAGGUAGUGAUGUAGGAUCACAGUUAUUAAAUGUUAUCAUACCUACACAUUUUAACUAUAAAUACACCCAGUAUCAGUGAUUUACUUUUUUUUAAUGUAUGCUAUGGGAAUGACUUGCGUACAUA